AUGGCCAAGGCAUUUGCAGCACAUCAAGCUGCGUUUGAGAAAGAAGGCGUCUACAUCGGCGGCUGGUCGUUUCGGGACACGCUGACUCCGAGAAAGAAGGAUGGGAAACACGAUACCAGCGAGGACCGCAUCCAGAAUGCCACCGUCUUGACUCCUGACUGGACGGUGGAGGAAGAGCGGAGAUUGGUUCGCAAACUCGAUUUUCGAGUGCUCUUCCCGGCCUGUAUCAUCUACUUUCUUGCCUAUAUGGACAGAGCCAACCUCGGAAACGUCAAGAUCUUGGGUCUGGGGACGGAAUCCUCCAUCGAAGGUCGCCUGGGGAUGAAAGGCGCCGACUUCAGCUGGGCCGUGUCCAUCACCUACUUCGCCGUCACCGCGGGCCUGCUCCCAUCGAACAUCCUGAUGAAGAAGUUCUCGGCAAAGUACUUCUUCCCCAUUGUCAUGAUCCUGUGGGGCGUCAUCGUCAUGUCUAUGGCCGCUUGCAAGAGCCUGGCCGGCCUCCUAGCAGCACGCUUCUUCCUUGGUAUUCCAGAGUCUGGUGUCGUCCCGGCCUGUGUCAUGUACUUUUCAAUGUGGUACAAGCCGUCCGAGAGAGCGUUUCGUAUUGGGGUCUUUCACAGUGCCAACGCUCUCGCCUCUGCAGUGUCAGCCUUCAUCGCCGCAGGGAUCGGGCACCUGAACGGUCGUAAUGGACUGGACUCCUGGCAAUGGGUCUUCAUCAUCGAAGGGAUCUUGCCCAUCGCCAUGGCGCCUAUCAUCUUCCUCCUCCUCUUGACAUUCCCCGAGACGUCCACGGCACUGUCAGAGCGAGAGCGGUACAUCGCCAUCAACCGAUUCGGCAGAGGCGCGGCGAGAAAGACCGAUGUCAGCUGGAGCUGGCCUGCGUUCCGUCGCAUCUUCAAGCGACCGUCGACCUACGUCUUCUUCGUCUCGUACGUGGCGCUGUGCAUGGUCGCCGUCGCCCAAGCCACCUUCCUGCCCACCAUCCUCAAGGUCUUCCUCGGCUACUCGACGACAAAGUCCAACCUCUACACCGCCGCCUGCAACCUCAGCAUCAUCCCCUUGUACUGGGUGUGGGGUGUCCAUUCCGACUGGACUCGAGAGCGCAUGUGGCAUUACCUUCUUCCCGUGGUUGCGUCGGUCCCUUGCUAUGCCGUCUGGACCUAUACCUCAAUGCACCCGGAAGCCCGAGGCACGGUGAUCGAGACGACCGCGUUAUACGGCAUGGCGUAUCUCGGCCAGAUGGUUCUGAUCUCCCAGCCGAUCGUGCUCAGCUAUCGCUCCUCAACGCUGUACGGUGCUGCCGAGCAAGCCGUCGGCGUGGCCGCUGCUGUUGCUUCGUUGACCAUCGCCAGCAUUAUCGCCCCGCAGAUGUACCCCAACCAAGACGCCCCACGGUACCUGGCAGGCUUUGCAGGCACGCUGGCUCUGUUGGUCGUGUGCAUCCUCUCCUACCUGACCUUGCCUCUGUGGCUCAUGCGGGAAGCACAUGUACGGAAGAAGAAGACCGGUCACGCCAUGCCACUACAGGCCAUCGAAGAUGCCGAACGGAGCAUGGUCACCGACGCCGCUCACGAUCUCAUCCACCGCCUCAACGAACAAGAAGAGAUGGGCAUGCUCGCGGCUAAGGGCGUCGAGGCCGGCGCCGCCGAGGCCCAGCAUGUCGAGGAGCAGCAUCAGCAGCCGCCCAAGACUAUCUGA